AUGGGCCGAGUCUCGUUCGCCGACGAUGUGAAAGAGCGCACCAUCGACGAGGUCAAGGACUAUGAAUCCGAGGACGAAUACCCCGUGAACAUCUACCCCUACGAGAACACGCCCGACAACAAGUCAUGGGCUGGUGCGCUCCCCAAGAAGCAGGGUCUCUACGACCCGGAGCUCGAGAAGGAUGCCUGUGGUGUCGGCUUUGCCGCCAACAUCAAGGGCGUGCCGAGCCAUAAAAUUGUCACAGAUGCUCGGAGCCUGUUGUGCAACAUGACCCAUCGCGGUGCGGUGGGAUCCGAUGCCCGCGACGGAGACGGUGCCGGUGUCAUGACCUCCAUCCCGCACAAGUUCUUCGUGAACCGAUUCGAGCGUGCACAAGGCAUCAAGCUGCCCAAAAUGGGCCAGUACGCUGUGGGCAACAUCUUUUUCAAGCCCGAGGAAGAGGCGCUGAAGGACACCAUCGAUACCUUUGAAGACGUCGCCGACCAGCUGGAUCUCCGAGUGCUCGGGUGGCGUGAGGUUCCGCGAGACAGCACAUUGCUCGGUCCCGCGGCCAAAUCUCGCGAGCCCAUCAUUCUGCAGCCCAUUGUGGUAACCAAAUCGGUCUACGGCGAUGGAAAGGCGCCCAAAGAUGAUUUCGAGGAGCAAUUCGACGAACAAGUCUUUGAGCGACAAUUGUACAUCCUUCGCAAGCGUGCCACGCAUGUCAUUGGACUACACAACUGGUUCUAUCUGUGCUCGCUGAGCAACAAGAAUAUCGUGUACAAGGGCCAGCUGUCGCCUGCCCAGGUGUACGAGUACUAUCAUGAUCUGCUGGACAUUGACUACGAGGUGCAUUUCGCACUCGUGCACUCCCGCUUCUCCACCAACACCUUCCCGUCAUGGGACCGCGCUCAGCCUCUCCGUUGGGCAGCACACAACGGUGAAAUCAAUACGCUGCGAGGCAACAAGAACUGGAUGAGAGCCCGAGAGGGUGUCUUGAAGUCGGACUGGUUUGGCGACCAGCUCGACCUCCUCUAUCCCAUCAUCGAAGACGGUGGCUCCGAUUCCGCCGCUUUCGACAACGUUCUCGAGCUCCUCACCAUCAACGGCGUGCUCUCCCUCCCAGAAGCCGUCAUGCUGAUGAUUCCCGAGGCGUGGCAAGGCAACACCCAAUUCGAACCGAAGAAGCAAGCCUUCUACGAAUGGGCUGCCUGCAUGAUGGAGCCGUGGGAUGGACCCGCGCUCUUCGUCUUCUCCGAUGGCAGGUACUGCGGUGCCAAUCUCGACCGCAACGGUCUACGGCCGUGCAGAUACUACGUUCUCGAUGACGAUCGCAUCAUUUGUGCGUCGGAAGUUGGCACCAUCGCUGUUGACCAAUCUCGUGUCAUUCAAAAAGGCCGAUUGCAGCCCGGGCGAAUGCUCUUGGUCGACACCGUCGCCGGCCGAAUCAUCGACGACAACGAGCUCAAGGAGAACGUUGCCAGCCGGGAGAACUUCCGCGAGUGGAUGGAUGCCGAGCUCCUGGUGAUGCCCGACAUCUACGACAAAGUCGUCGAGAACGGCACCGACAUUGAACACAAGUUGACCGAGACCAAAGUGCAGGAGGAUCCGAGACUGAAAGCUUAUGGCUAUUCUUUGGAACAAGUCACACUCCUUCUGGCUCCCAUGGCAGCGGACUCGAAAGAAGCCCUCGGUUCCAUGGGCAAUGAUGCUCCAUUGGCUUGCCUGGCUUCACAGCCUCGUCUGCUCUACGAGUACUUCCGUCAGCUCUUCGCCCAGGUCACGAACCCGCCCAUCGACCCGAUCCGAGAGGCAUGCGUCAUGUCUUUAGGGUCUUAUGUUGGACCUCAGGGCAACCUGCUCGAAAUGGCACAAAACCAGUGCGCAAGACUCUACCUCCCCUCGCCCAUGCUCUCUGUGGAGGAGUUCAAUGCCCUCACGCACAUUACGGAUAUCCACAACGACUGGUCGGUCGCGACCAUCGACAUCACCUUCCCCAAGAAGUCUGGCAUCGAGGGUUACUUCGAGGCUCUCGACACCAUCUGCGAGGAAGUCACUGAAGCCAUUGAGCGUGGCGACAAGAUCAUCAUCCUGUCCGAUCGCAAGAUGUCUGCCGACCGGGUACCAGUCUCGUCGCUAUUGGCAACUGGUAUGGUGCAUCAUCAUCUGGUGCGCAACAAGUGGCGAGCACAAGCCGCACUUGUCGUCGAAACGGCUGAAGCUCGUGAGGUGCAUCAUAUGUGUGUCCUUGUUGGCUACGGUGCCGACGCUAUCUGCCCCUACCUCGCCAUGGAGUGCAUUCUCAAGCUCGACCGCGAGGGUCUCAUUCGAAAGAAGAUGACCAAGGAGGAGCUCAUUGGCAACUACAAGCACUCUUGCGACGGUGGCAUUCUAAAAGUCAUGAGCAAGAUGGGUAUCUCGACCGUCCAGAGUUACAAGGGCGCUCAGAUUUUCGAGGCUCUCGGAAUCGAUGACACGGUCGUGGACCGCUGCUUCGCCGGGACCGCCACCCGCAUUCGAGGUAUGACCUUCGACUUGAUUGCUCAGGAUGCCUUUGCCCUACACGAGCGAGGCUUCCCGUCGCUGAACAUCUUGGAAAUCCCUGGUCUUGCUGAGACUGGAGAGUACCAUUGGCGUGAUGGCGGCGAACCUCAUGUCAACGAUCCCACCUCGAUUGCCAACAUCCAGGACGCCGUACGCGUCAAGAACGACAAGUCGUACGAGGCAUACUCGAAGAGUGAAUUCGAGCAGAUCAAGCACUGCACGCUUCGCGGCCUGCUCGACUUCGACUUUGACGCCUGUAACCCCAUUCCCAUCGAGCAAGUCGAACCAUGGACCGACAUCGUGCGGAGAUUCUGCACGGGCGCCAUGUCGUACGGCUCCAUCUCCAUGGAGGCGCACUCCACGCUCGCAGUCGCAAUGAACCGACUGGGCGGCAAGUCCAAUACCGGCGAAGGUGGAGAGGACUCGGAGCGCAGUCUGCCCAUGGACAACGGCGACACCAUGCGCUCGGCGAUCAAGCAGAUUGCCUCCGGCCGCUUCGGCGUCACCAGCAACUACGUUGCCGACUCCGACCAGCUGCAGAUCAAGAUGGCCCAAGGCGCCAAGCCCGGCGAGGGCGGCGAACUGCCCGGCCACAAGGUCUCCGGCCCCAUCGCCCACACCCGCCACUCCACCCCGGGCGUUGGCCUCAUCUCCCCGCCUCCCCACCACGACAUCUACUCCAUCGAGGACCUCAAGCAGCUCAUCUACGACCUCAAGUGCGGCAAUCCGCGCUCGCGCGUGUCCGUCAAACUCGUCUCCGAGACGGGCGUCGGCAUCGUCGCUUCCGGCGUCGCCAAGGGCCGCGCCGACCACAUUCUCAUCUCCGGUCACGACGGCGGCACCGGUGCUUCCCGGUGGACGGGGAUCAAGUAUGCUGGUCUCCCUUGGGAGCUGGGCCUCGCGGAGACGCAUCAGACGCUUGUGCUGAAUGAUCUUCGUGGGCGGGUGGUUGUUGAGACGGAUGGGCAGCUUCGCACUGGGAGGGACGUGGCUAUUGCUUCGUUGCUUGGUGCGGAGGAGUUUGGGUUUGCUACGACGCCUCUUAUUGCCAUGGGGUGCAUCAUGAUGCGGAAGUGCCACUUGAACACCUGCCCGGUGGGUAUCGCAACCCAGGACAUCGAGCUUCGCAAGAAGUUCAAGGGAACGCCCGAGCACGUGAUCAACUUCUUCUACUACGUCUCGAACGAGCUGCGCGCCAUCAUGGCCAAGCUCGGGUUCCGCACCGUCAAUGAGAUGGUUGGCCACUGCGAGGUCCUGAAGGUUCGGGAGGAUCUCCGUAACGCAAAGACGGAGAAUAUCGACCUGUCCCUCAUCCUGACCCCUGCACACUCGUUGCGAUCCGGGGUAGCGACCUACAACGUCCGCAAGCAGGAUCACAAGCUCCAUAUCCGCCUGGACAACAAGUUGAUCUCUGAGUCUGAGCCGGCUCUGACCAAGGGCCUGCCAUGCCCCAUUGAGACGGACAUUGUCAAUACCGAUCGCGCCGUCGGGGCGACUCUCUCUUACCACAUCAGCAAGAAAUACGGCGAGCAAGGUCUCCCGGAUGACACCAUCCACGUCAACCUCAAGGGAUCUGCCGGACAGUCGUUCGGAGCGUUCCUCGCACCUGGUGUGACCUUGGAGCUGGAGGGCGACUCGAACGACUACGUCGGCAAGAGUCUUUCGGGUGGUCGUCUCAUCGUCUACCCACCACGAACAGCGGUUUUCAAGGCCGAGGAGAACGUCAUCAUCGGCAACGUCUGCUUGUACGGAGCCACGAAGGGGACAUGCUUCUUCCGCGGUGUGGCUGCCGAGCGUUUUGCGGUUCGCAACUCUGGUGCCACCGCUGUCGUCGAGGGUGUCGGCGACCACGGAUGCGAGUACAUGACUGGCGGUCGUGUGGUCGUUCUGGGCAGCGUUGGCCGCAACUUCGCGGCCGGCAUGUCUGGUGGUAUCGCGUACGUACUGGAUCUUCACAACGACUUCGAUGUCAAGUGCAACCAGGAGAUGGUGGAGCUCUGCGAUGUCGAGGAGCCUCGUGAGAUUGCUUUCCUCCGUGGACUUAUUGAGGAUCAUCACCACUACACCGGCUCCGAGCUGGCUGCCAGGAUUCUGGUGGACUUCAACAGGAUCCUGCCGCGAUUCGUCAAGGUCUUCCCAACAGACUACAAGCGAGUGCUCGAGGAGCAAGCGAAGAAGGACGAAGAGGCGAAGCGAGCAGAGUACCCUCUGCCACUUCUCCCCGGCAACGCCGUCCGCAAACUGCACGAAGACUCGCGCGAAAAGGAGCACGAGCGCGAAGGCAAAGAGGAGAAGAAGAACGAGCUGCUCGACAUUGAAGAGAGCGUGCAGGACGGCAAGGCGGAGAAGAAGCGCUCUGCUUUGGUGCUCGACAAGACGAAGGGCUUCAUGAAGUACCAGCGCCGCAAGGAGCACUACCGCAGCCCGAAGACGCGCACGCGCGACUGGGGCGAGCUGAAUUCCCGCCUGACGGAGGAUGAGCUCAAGUAUCAGACUGCGCGCUGCAUGGAUUGCGGUGUGCCGUUUUGUCAGUCUGAUACUGGGUGCCCGAUCAGCAAUAUCAUUCCCAAAUGGAAUGAAUUGGUGUUUCAAAACCAAUGGCAGGACGCUCUCAACCGGCUGCUCAUGACGAACAACUUCCCCGAGUUCACUGGUCGUGUGUGUCCCGCUCCUUGCGAGGGUGCUUGCGUGCUUGGCAUCAACGAAGACCCGGUCGGCAUCAAGUCGAUCGAGUGCGCAAUCAUCGACCGCGGCUUCGAGAUGGGCUGGAUGGUUCCUUCGCCGCCCAAGUUCCGAAGUGGCAAGACGGUCGCCAUCAUCGGCUCUGGACCUGCGGGUCUGUCUUGCGCCGAUCAGCUCAACAAAGCUGGACAUCAAGUCACUGUGCAUGAGCGAUCCGACCGUAUUGGUGGUCUGCUCAUGUACGGUAUCCCGAACAUGAAGCUCGACAAGAAGAUUGUGCAGCGCCGUGUUGAUUUCAUGGCCAGCGAGGGUAUCGAAUUCAAGACCGGUAUUCAUGUCGGCGAGGGAGAGGUCACUCUCGACUCUCUCCGAAAGGAAUACGAUGCGGUGGUUAUCUGCACGGGUGCCACUGUUGCCCGUGAUCUCCCCAUCCCCAAUCGUGAUCUGGAUGGCAUCUACUAUGCAAUGCAAUUCCUGCACAAGAACACCAAGUCGCUGCUCGACUCGAAGCUCGAGGACAACACCUACAUCUCCGCCAAGGACAAGAACGUCGUGGUCAUCGGAGGUGGUGAUACCGGCAACGACUGCAUCGGUACCUCGGUCCGUCACGGCGCGAAGUCCGUCAUCAAUUUUGAGCUGCUGCCUCAGCCCCCGCCAGAGCGAGCCCGCGACAACCCGUGGCCGCAAUGGCCGCGCAUCUACCGCGUCGACUACGGUCACACCGAAGUCAAGCAACACAUGGGCCGCGACCCGCGCGAGUUCUGCAUCAUGUCGCAAGACUUUGUCGACGACGGCAGCGGUAAGGUGAAGGGCAUCAACACCAUCCGUGUCGAGUGGACCAAGUCCGCCAGCGGCGGCUGGGACAUGAAGAAGCUCGAGGGCACCGAGGAGUUCUUCCCCGCCGAGCUCAUCCUGCUCUCCAUGGGUUUCCUCGGCCCAGAGGACCGCGCCCUCGGCGACAUUGUCGAGAAGGACCAGCGCAAGAACAUCAAGACUCCCCCCGGCCGCUACACCACCAACAUCGACGGCGUCUUCGCUGCCGGCGAUUGUCGCCGUGGCCAGUCGCUCAUCGUCUGGGGCAUCAACGAGGGCCGCCAGGCGGCGCGCGACGUCGACUCCUUCCUCACUGGCAUGGGCACUCAACUCCCGGUCACGGGCGGCGUGGUCAAGCGGCCGCCGUACGAGCUGCUGCACAGGCAGAACGGGACGCCCAAGGAGCUGAUUACUGCUGCGGCAUGA